AUGGCAUCUACCGGCUCCGGCUUUUGGUCCUUCGGGUCUGAAGAUGGCUCCGGGGAUCCCGAGAACCCCGGCACAGCGAGAGCCUGGUGCCAGGUAGCCCAGAAGUUCACAGGCGGCAUCGGAAACAAGCUGUGCGCCCUGCUCUACGGAGACGCGGAGAAGCCGGCAGAGAGCGGAGCGAACCAGCCCCCGCGGGCCGUCGCCCGGAAGGCCGCCUGCGCCUGCGACCAAAAGCCCUGCAGCUGCUCCAAAGCGGAUGUCAACUACGCUUUUCUACACGCAACAGACCUGCUGCCAGCGUGUGAUGGAGAAAGGCCCACUUUGGCGUUUUUGCAAGAUGUUAUGGAUAUUUUGCUUCAGUAUGUGGUGAAAAGUUUCGAUAGAUCCACCAAAGUGAUUGAUUUCCAUUACCCUAAUGAGCUUCUUCAAGAGUAUAAUUGGGAAUUGGCAGAUCAACCACAAAAUUUGGAGGAAAUUUUGAUGCAUUGCCAAACAACUCUAAAAUAUGCAAUUAAAACAGGGCAUCCCAGAUAUUUCAAUCAACUUUCCACUGGAUUGGAUAUGGUUGGAUUAGCAGCGGACUGGCUGACAUCAACAGCAAACACUAACAUGUUCACCUAUGAAAUUGCUCCAGUAUUUGUGCUUUUGGAAUAUGUCACACUAAAGAAAAUGAGAGAAAUCAUUGGCUGGCCAGGGGGCUCUGGUGAUGGGAUAUUUUCUCCUGGUGGCGCCAUAUCUAACAUGUACGCCAUGAUGAUCGCGCGGUUUAAGAUGUUCCCAGAAGUCAAGGAGAAAGGAAUGGCUGCUGUUCCCAGGCUCAUUGCCUUCACAUCUGAGCAUAGUCAUUUUUCUCUCAAGAAGGGAGCUGCAGCCUUAGGGAUUGGAACAGACAGCGUGAUUCUGAUUAAAUGUGAUGAGAGAGGGAAAAUGAUCCCAUCUGAUCUUGAAAGAAGGAUACUUGAAGCCAAACAGAAAGGUUUUGUUCCUUUCCUUGUGAGUGCCACAGCUGGAACCACUGUGUAUGGAGCAUUUGAUCCCCUCUUAGCUGUCGCUGACAUUUGCAAAAAGUAUAAAAUCUGGAUGCAUGUAGAUGCAGCUUGGGGCGGGGGAUUACUGAUGUCCCAGAAACACAAGUGGAAACUAAGUGGCGUGGAGAGGGCCAACUCUGUGACAUGGAAUCCACACAAGAUGAUGGGUGUCCCCUUGCAGUGCUCCGCUCUCCUGGUUAGAGAAGAGGGACUGAUGCAGAAUUGCAACCAGAUGCAUGCCUCCUACCUCUUUCAGCAAGAUAAACACUACGACCUGUCCUAUGACACUGGGGACAAGGCCUUACAGUGCGGACGCCACGUCGAUGUAUUUAAAUUAUGGCUAAUGUGGAGGGCAAAGGGGACUACUGGGUUUGAAGCACAUGUUGAUAAGUGUUUGGAGCUGGCAGAGUAUUUAUACAAUAUCAUAAAAAACCGAGAAGGAUAUGAAAUGGUGUUUGACGGGAAGCCUCAGCACACAAAUGUCUGCUUCUGGUAUGUGCCUCCGAGUUUGCGUGUUCUAGAAGACAAUGAAGAAAGAAUGAGUCGCCUCUCAAAAGUGGCCCCAAUGAUUAAAGCCAGAAUGAUGGAAUAUGGGACCACAAUGGUCAGCUACCAACCCUUGGGAGACAAGGUCAAUUUCUUCCGCAUGGUCAUCUCAAACCCUGCAGCAACUCACCAAGACAUCGACUUCCUGAUUGAAGAAAUAGAGCGUCUUGGACAAGAUUUAUAA